GUUACAGUCGGGGGUGUUGGUUUGGGCAGAGAAUUCACCAUGGCGCCACCAGAAGAAGUGGACGUCUUUAAAGUGCCACAUCGGCGCAUGAAGGAGCUUGUCAACUACUACUGUCAGAAGCUGUCCAAGACAGACUUCUCUAGUAACCGUGACCUGGGAAACCUGCUCAAGAGUCUGGAGACGACCUUCUCGGAGUUCAAGAUCCAUGAGCAGAUUGAGAAUGACUGCAUCAUGAACAAGUUACAGCGACGACUGGAGGCUCUGUCCAUUCAGAACGAGCAAGUGUGUGAGGUGCACUCCCACAACCAGCUGUCGGAGAUGCUGGAGCUGGUGGCCCAGGGGUACCGGCUGGUGCAGAAGGGGGAGGGUGAGAUGACGAGUUACGGCAAGGAGCUGCGGGUCGCCCUGGAGAACUUCACCCGGCGCUUCCUGCCUCACAUGAAGGAGGAGGAGGAGGUUUUCCAGCCUCUUCUGAUGGAGUACUUCAGCUAUGAGGAACUCAAGGACAUCAAGUCUCUCGUGAUCAAGCGCCACUGUCUGUCCAAGUCCAAGUAUGAGGCAGAGUCCAAGGAAGACAAGGAAAAGUCUGAUGAAGACAACAAGUCCCUGAAGUGUAGAGUCUGCUCUGCAGAGGAAGCCCAAGAGGAGGAGGAGGUGUCUCCCAUCCAGACCCUGCCGUCGGAGGUCCUGCUGCGCGUGAUGUCGUACCUGUCCCCGCGGGACCUGUGCAGGUGUGCCCAGGUGUGCCGCAGCUGGUCGGUCCUGGCGCGGGACGGACACCUGUGGCAGGUGAUGCACCCGGCACGAUGGGCUCAAGGUGACUGGCGUUUUGGGUUCCUCCCUGAUGAAGACCCAGAUGACCUGCCUGUGUACGGAGCCAUGGGAGGGGAGGAGGAGGCAGAUCUGUAUGUGGUCGUGGACGAGGAUGCCGACUUCGACGAAUCGGCAGAGAGCGACAACAGCGAAUCCAGUAACCUCAGCUACACAGCUGCCUGUAUCCAGCGUGAGGCUAAGAUGUUGACCUCCAUGGUGAGAAACCUCCUCCCCCAUGUGAGCCGGUCUGUACAGUCUCUGGUGCUGAGGGGCAGCCGAGGACUCACCAAUGGACUGGUGUAUAAGCUGAUAGUGAGCUGCCCUAACCUGGAGUACCUGGACCUCUCUCACACCAAUGUGUCGGAUGUUGCCUUCAAGGGGCUUGGUAAGCGUGGUGCAGGAAGAAAGCUGUGGCACCUUGACCUGUCAGGCUGCGUGAACAUCACCAACCUGACCCUCAUCCGGCUGUCCAACGGGCUGGGGCCCCUGCCUUCCAGUGGUCCCGGCAUACCACGUUCCGCAGACAACAACAAGCGUGAGGAUGUCUCCAAGUACAUCUGUUGCGACUUCUCUAACGCUGAGGGCAACAUGUGUUGCACGGGCACACCUUACAGCAGUGCUGUACCUGCUGCAGACUUUCCUGUGCCCUGUCACUCCGGCUGUGCUCACAGUAACACCCAGUUUGAAGACAUUGAGUGCUGCGAGGGCUUCUCCGAAAGGACUUCUUGUGUUUCAGAACCUCUCGCUCAGUACCAAAGGACUUGUUGUGGUGGUGCUGAGCAGAGAUUGCCCCCCUCCCCUCCUAACAACGACAUCGCAUCUUCUUGGACUUGUUGCAUGUCCCGGGAGGAAAGCCGCCCAUUCCAACGCGACAAAAAUUCAAGAGAUAACAACAGUCGCCGCAAGAAUAACAAAGACAAUGAUUAUGCCGACAAUGAUAAUGUCGGCAAAAGGACUAACAACUGUUCCCCCACUAAUGGGGAUGUGGAUAAAGACUUUGACGAUGCUGAGGUGACCAGAGGUCUGAUUUACCUGGGCCUGUCGGGAUGCUACCAGAUCACAGAUGAGGGGCUCAGUGCCCUGGCGUCCCAUGGCGGCCUCCCUCAGCUGACCCAUCUGGACCUGUCCGGCUGUCUGAACAUCACGGCCGAGGGGCUGGCCGCGCUGGCCGACAGCUGCCGCUCCCUGGACCACCAGCAGUUCUACUACUGCGACAACAUCACGGACGGGCCGUUCUCCGACACCGCCAGCGGCUGCCAGAACCUGCAGUGCUCCUCGCGGGUCUGCUGCCGCUCCGGGGAGUAGAGGCCGCGCGCCCCUACAGCUACAGAUCCUGCUCUGCUGUGGAGUAUCAGGGAGUAUUGCCUGGUUAUGUAAUAUGGAAAUUCAUCUAUGGCAGUAAUUGACAUUAU